CUUAACUGCCUGCUCCUUAUUAUUUCUACUUGGGGGAGGGAGGAGUGAUGAGGAUUUGCCUGCAAACCUGGCAGAUAGAACUGGAAGUUUUUUCUUCUGCAAUUUGUAGCUUCUUUGUUAUGGCACGUUCUGAAAAAAAGAAAAAAGAAAAAGAGGAGAAAAAAAAAAGUGAAUGCGGUGGGAGGAGCUGCCAUGUCUCUAGUCUCCCCCAGCACUUGAGUGACUUCACCGUCCUUUGAUUUGGAGCGGAUGUGAUUGGCUGCGAGCGCUGGAACCCAUGCGGAGUGCAGAGCUUUGUCUGAGUUGGAGUGAAGUUGUGCACAUUUUAGGCUGGAGUCAGCAAUCGGGACUGUUUAGUCUGCGGCAGAGAGAGGGGAGAGGAGAGACUGCGGAUUGAGCAAGACCCCUGCAAUCCUCGGAUACAAAACUGCACGUGAACAAACUCCUAAUGUGACUCCUGUGUGUUCGCUCGGAUCUAAUGGCAUUUACUGGGCUCCUAGGAUUCUGCUCCCAAUUGCCGCCUACUCACAAACUUUUCCCACUCCAUCGCUGAAUAUCGGGCUGAUUGUAUAAAAUAAAAGGGGCUUUCCCCCCUUAUCAAAUGCAGUGUGUGCUAGACAACUUCUACCUUCUGCGCUUUAAUAUUUAAAGAUGGAUCUUUGCCGCUGCUGCUGCUUCAAGUCAAUGGGGAGCGGUACCGGGAAGCCUCCGCUGGUCUUGGCUCUGCUUCUGUCCCUGUGUCUGAUCGGAACCUGCAAGAAUUUAAAAUACCGGAUUUACGAGGAGCAGAUGGUCGGUACCGUGGUGGCCCGGCUGGCCGAGGAUGUGGCUGAUGUUCUGUCCAAGUUGCCCAACCCAAAUUCUGUUCGGUUCCGAGCCAUGCAACGAGGCAGCUCCCCUCUGCUCACAGUGCGGGAGGAUAACGGCGAGAUCAGUAUCGGGGCUAAAAUCGACCGGGAACAAUUGUGCCAGAAGAACUCUAACUGCUCCAUAGAGUUCGAUGUGAUCACCCUUCCCACGCAGCAUCUACAACUGUUCCACAUCGAGGUGCAAGUGUUGGACAUUAACGACAACGCGCCCCACUUCUCCAGGGCGCUCAUCCCCAUUGAGAUCUCAGAGAGCGCAGCCGUGGGCACCAGAAUCCCCCUGGACAGCGCCUUUGACCCCGACGUGGGGGACAAUUCCCUCUUUACCUAUUCACUAUCCCCCAACGCCUACUUCAGCAUCGAGGUGAAGAGCAGGAGUGACGGAGCCAAAUACGCGGAACUGGUGGUGAUCCGGGAUCUGGACAGGGAACUGCAGUCCGGUUAUGAUCUCCAGCUGACAGCCUAUGAUAACGGGGUGCCUCAGAGGUACGGCUCAUCUCUGCUCAAAAUCAGCAUUUCGGACUCCAAUGAUAACAGCCCUGCGUUUGAGAAACCUUCCUAUGUGGUCCAGUUACCCGAGAAUUCACCCAUGGGAACCCUACUCCUCGACCUCAAUGCCACCGACCCAGACGAAGGCGCUAAUGGGAAAGUGGUCUAUUCUUUCAGUAGUCACGUGCCCCCCAAAAUCACUGAAACUUUCAAGAUCGACCCCGAAAGCGGCCAACUAACUGUCAUCAAGCCGGUGGACUAUGAAACGACCAAAUCGUACGAAAUCGAUGUGCAGGCCCAGGACAUGGGUCCCAACUCUAUCCCAGCCCACUGCAAAAUUAUCAUCAAUGUAGUCGAUGUGAAUGAUAACAAACCUGAAAUCAACAUUAAUCUGAUGUCCACCGGUAAGGAGAUUGCCUACAUCUCAGAGGGGGCUCCUCUGGACACAUUUGUGGCUUUGGUUAGGGUUCAAGACAAAGAUUCUGGACUCAAUGGGGAGAUAGUGGUGAGGCUUCAUGGCCAUGGGCAGUUCAAGCUACAAAAGACUUAUGAAAACAAUUAUUUGAUUUUAACUAACUCAACCCUGGAUCGAGAAAAGAGGUCUGAGUACAGCCUGACAGUCAUAGCAGAGGACAGGGGGGUCCCAAGCCUUUCUACUGUCAAGCAUUUUGCUGUACAAAUAAUUGAUGAAAAUGAUAACCCACCCCGCUUCCCAACCAACAGAUAUGAAAUUGUCAUUGUGGAGAACAACUCUCCUGGGGCCCAUAUUACUUCUGUUAGGGCCACAGAUCCAGAUCAAGCAGAAAACGGCCAAGUAACCUACACCAUCUUGGAAAGCUCUAUUCAGAGUAGUACUAUUACAAGCUAUGUAACUAUUGAUCCAUCCAAUGGGGCCUUAUACGCCCUGAGAGCCUUUGACCAUGAAGAAGUAAACCAGAUAGUCUUUGUAGUACAGGCAAGGGAUGGAGGGGUCCCCCAACUUGUUACCAAUGCCACUGUGAUACUUACUGUUGUAGAUGAAAACGACAAUUCCCCAGUGAUUGUAGUCCCUGUCCUGAACAACAACACAGCCGAGAUUACAAUCCCGAAAGAUGCAGAAAUUGGCUAUUUAGUCACCACUAUCAAGGCCACAGAUAGGGACUCAGGAAUGAACUCAGAAUUGGACUGCUCUAUUACAGCAGGUAAUGAGCACAAUAUCUUUAUUAUGGACCCCAGAUCUUGUGAGAUAUACACCAACAUGAGCAUGGAUAUUUUCCCUAAUCAGUUACUGGAUCUUCACAUCUCAGUGCAGGACAGGGGAAACCCACCCAGAACUACCAAAGCACAUCUUAGGUUCAACAUCAUGGACCUGAUAGAGAUCGCAGAAGGAACUCAGGAACCCUACGUAAAACAAAGCUCCAUGGACGUGUCCAUGAUUAUCAUUAUCUCAUUGGGGGCCAUAUGUGCUGUGCUCUUGGUCAUCAUGGUCAUCUUUGCUACCAGAUGUAAUCGUGAAAAGAAGGACAAUAGAUCUUACAACUGCAGAGUGGCAGAGUCAACUUAUCAGAACCAUCCCAAAAGACCAUCCAGACAGAUCCACAAAGGGGAAAUUGCUUUAGUACCUACUCUGAAUGGGACACUACCUAUCAGAUCCCAUCACAGGUCCUCGCCUUCACCAUCUCCAACUCUAGAACGUGGGCAAAUGAGUAGCAGACAGAGUCAACACAGUCGCCAAUCACUGAACAGCUUAAUGACCAUAUCUUCUAAUCAUGUGCCUGAAAACUUCUCCCUGGAGUUAACUCAUGCUACGCCAGCUGUGGAGGUAUCCCAGCUACUUUCCAUGCUUCACCAGGGCCAGUAUCAGCCAAGGCCAAGCUUUCGAGGAAACAAAUAUUCCCGGAGUUACAGAUAUGCCCUUCAGGACAUGGAUAAAUUUAGCCUGAAAGACAGUGGUCGUGGAGAUAGUGAAGCUGGAGACAGCGAUUAUGAUUUGGGCAGAGACUCCCCUAUUGACAGACUCCUGGGAGAAGGAUUUAGUGAACUCUUUUUAUUGGAAGGACACAGACUCCCUCCAGCUAUGAGGUUCUGCACAGACGAAUGCCGAGUUCUAGGACACUCUGAUCAGUGCUGGAUGCCCCCACUACCCUCCCCAUCAUCUGAUUACAGGAGCAACAUGUUCAUUCCUGGAGAGGAGCUCCAGUCCCAGCAGCAACAGCCGCACAAUCAGCAAGAGAUUCAAGCUCAGACCCCUCUCGCUGAGGAUGAUAUGCUUCCUGUCGAGUCCACUGAGAAGAAAAAGAGCUUUUCAACUUUUGGCAAGGAGUCUCAGGAAGAAGAGUCAGCAGACGCCUGCACGUCAUCCCUUCUCAGUGAGAUGAGCAGUGUUUUCCAACGUCUGCUACCUCCAUCUCUGGAUAACUAUACUGAAUGCAAUGAAGCUGACCGCACAAACUCAUUAGAACGUAGGAAAGGACAAGUCCCAGCCAAGACUGUGAGUUACCCACAAGGUGUGGCAACAUGGGCAGCGAACACUCAUUUCCAAAACCCCAACAAUGUUGGGACUUCAAUAGGCAACCAUUCAGGUGCACAGCCGUCCUCUAAGUGGCUUCCAGCAAUGGAAGAAAUCCCAGAGAAUUAUGAAGAAGACGACUUUGACAAUGUGCUCAACCAUCUCAACGAUGGGAAUCAUGAACUGAUGGAUGCUAGUGAACUGGUGGCAGAGAUUAAUAAACUGCUACAAGAUGUAAGGCAAACCUAGCUGUUUACCAGUCGUCAUUUUUGUUUUCCAUAUUUAUGGGAAUCUAAAACAAACACAAUCUUACGGAAAACUGGUUGCAUUAAUAAAAAGUGUUGGUGUAUGUCAAAUACUGAGAAUCUGCAUUUUCAGAUGUGCACCAAACACGUGUGACUAUCACUACCUGUAUUUUAAAAAUACAUUUGUAUCUUAUAUUUAUGUGUUAUUUAAAAAGAAAUAAAUUAUAUUUUUGUAUUUCAUACGGCAUGUUUUUUGCUACGUGUUAAAACUUUGGACUGUUUGAUAAAGAAUAAACUGGUGCCGUAACCAGUGGGACAACAAAACCUAAAGGAUUUUUUUUUUUCCUUUUUUGGAUUCUUAUGAAGAUUUACAGUACAGCAAAUGUUGCUCUUUUAUAAAAGAGUAUAAUGUGACAUUUUUAACCCUUCUCCUGUUAGAACUGAAGCUACGUCAAAUUGCAUGUGAUGUUUUAUAGCACAUUGGAGGGGGAGAAUUCUGCUUUUUCUAUUCAUUGUUCGCGAUGAAUAUACUCUAAUGUGCCUAUGCAGUGGCAAAAAAGAUCAGGGUAUUUUGAUCCCAGUAACCUGCAAAAAAACAAACAAACCAGCAUCUGUUAUAUCCAAAGCUCAGUCAUUGAAACUUUUGCACAUGUUGUGCACAAUGGUCCUGCAAUUGAUGAAAGAUGCUGUAGCUUAGCAACAGUUUGUAUUGUGCAGGUUGCAAAUCUCCACAAUGCACAGAAACUACUCAAUUUAUUAAAUGGCAAUAAGAUAGGAUUGUACAUGUUUAAGAUAUAUAAUAUAAUUCACAAAUAAAUACACGAUAACCUUCCUUCCCCUUGAAAAGAAAGAUAAGGGAUUGUGCAACAAGUACCAGUUGGUUGCCCAGUUUGGACCACUAUGAUUGGAGAUCAUGAUAUGGACACAGCACUUGGGCUUGUUUACUAACACUGGGUAAUUCUGCCCAUUACAGUAAUUCAUAAAAAAACAAUCAGCAAUUCGAUUUGGUUAAUCUACUUUAGGUAGAAUAAUGGAAGCACAUUUCUGAUUUGUUAUUAUGGCUUACUGCACUGGGCUGAGUCCCACUUAGUGGCCCAUUGACUCUGCCUAAUUAGAAAUAUUUGUCAAUUACCAUUUUUGUCCUUCAUUUCAAGCCAUGGUCCCGUCUCUUUUUAUUAUAGUACUUAUGUUUAAACUAAAACAACUUUGUUUUUUGGAGCUAAAUCAGGGAUGCCUUUUCUGUGGCCUGCAGUCUUGUAGUAGAUUGGGGGCCACAGGCUUGAAAUCUCUGGGCUAAAGCACUUUUUGAUUCCUGCACACAGGCAAUAAAGAUAAGCAGUUACUUAUAUCACCCCUCACAAGUCUAGCCCAAUAUAUAUUUAAAUAUCACUUGUUAUUUCUUUUGUGUUAAAUUUGACCUUUAUUUUAAGUGCAAACUUAACAUACAAAUUGUUCCAUAAAGAGAAACUCCAAUAUUAAGGCAAAUACCAUUCAGUUAAUCUUUUUUCUAUGUUGAUCAAACACUUGUAGAUAUGACUGCCACUUGUUUCACGCCGAUAAUAAAUAUCUUGGAUGUACCUAUGCUCAUACUCUUUGUUUCGGCAAUGCAUUAUUUAAACAAUGUAAAUGAGUAAUUUUACUUUUUUUCAGUGUAACUUUCUUUGGUAAUUUAUGUUGAAAUGUUUUUCUCUCUGGAGACACUGUUAAUUUAUUAUAGCAGGUCACUGCUGCGUUAAAACCCGCUGUGCUAGCCAAGAGGAUGAUGCAGUAAUCUAGAAUAAAGCAUCCAGCCUGUCAAAAUAACAUAUUUAACGUGUAUACACAAUGCAAAUGCCACUAUCAAUUGCCAAAUAUCCAUAGGAGUCUUUAACGGACCUGAUAUUAACAAUAUUUUCAAGGGCAGAGAAGCUGGCUGUGUUCUCCGAGAGAUCUAUAUUUGGUGUACAUCUCAUUCUGAAUUCAUUGUUAUGAUGUAAUCCUGAUUGUCUUUAUUCGUAUUCUUUUUUGCCUACUUUCCCAGCGCUAUCAAAGGCCAGCAUAUUGAAAAAAAUAAACCUUUUAUACAUA